UAAAAAAUUUCAAAAUUUGAAUUCCGAGCGGGUCUGGCGAGAUAGGAAACUAACUAUGGUUAAUUAUAACGGUUAGUUGGAACAAGCCAGCCUGGAAAUUAAGGCGAGCCAAUCAAAAUGAAAACCCAAACUGAUCCGCCGGUGGCUGGCAAUUACGCCUUUUAUUUUAACCGUGGUUACCUUGGGUUGCAGCAGUAACCAAUUCUGGCUUCCCCUGCCUUUCUAUAUAACAACCUGAUUUUCGGAACCCUUGCUUCCCAUCUCGAAAGAAUAACGAAGGGCGUCUUCAUAAACGCCGUUCCCCUGUUCUCCUUUCGCGGUUCUAGCUCUUCGGCUCCGUUCCCUUUCGCCUUUCUUCGCUCCGGCGUCUUCUUCCCUCAGCCCUACGAAAAUGAGAGAGUGCAUUUCGAUCCACAUCGGUCAGGCCGGUAUCCAGGUCGGAAACGCCUGCUGGGAGCUCUAUUGCCUUGAGCAUGGCAUUCAGCCUGAUGGCCAGAUGCCGAGUGACAAAACCGUCGGCGGAGGAGACGAUGCCUUCAACACCUUUUUCAGCGAAACUGGUGCAGGGAAGCACGUUCCUCGCGCUGUGUUCGUCGAUCUUGAGCCCACCGUCAUCGAUGAGGUGAGGACUGGAAGCUACCGCCAGCUCUUCCACCCUGAGCAGCUCAUUAGCGGCAAAGAAGACGCCGCCAACAACUUCGCUCGUGGCCACUACACAAUUGGUAAGGAGAUUGUUGAUCUGUGCUUGGACCGCAUCAGGAAGCUGGCUGACAACUGUACUGGACUCCAAGGUUUCUUGGUUUUCAAUGCCGUCGGUGGAGGUACUGGAUCCGGUCUUGGAUCUCUCCUCCUGGAGCGUCUUUCCGUUGACUACGGAAAGAAGUCCAAGCUCGGAUUCACAGUUUACCCCUCUCCUCAAGUGUCGACCUCUGUCGUGGAACCCUACAACAGUGUCCUCUCGACUCACUCCCUCCUUGAGCACACUGAUGUCGCUGUUCUUCUCGAUAACGAGGCCAUCUACGAUAUCUGCAGGCGCUCCCUGGACAUCGAGCGCCCAACUUACCACAACCUGAAUCGCCUCAUCUCCCAGGUUAUCUCAUCCCUCACUGCCUCGCUGAGGUUUGAUGGAGCUCUCAACGUGGACGUGACAGAGUUCCAGACCAACUUGGUCCCAUACCCAAGGAUCCACUUCAUGCUUUCCUCCUAUGCCCCAGUCAUUUCAGCUGAGAAGGCAUACCAUGAGCAGCUCUCUGUGGCCGAGAUCACCAACAGUGCCUUCGAACCUUCAUCCAUGAUGGCCAAGUGUGACCCGCGUCACGGCAAGUACAUGGCCUGCUGCCUCAUGUACCGUGGUGAUGUCGUCCCCAAGGACGUGAACGCUGCUGUGGCCACCAUCAAGACCAAGCGCACCAUCCAGUUCGUCGACUGGUGCCCUACUGGAUUCAAGUGCGGUAUCAACUACCAGCCGCCAACUGUUGUCCCUGGAGGCGACUUGGCCAAGGUGCAGAGGGCUGUGUGCAUGAUCUCCAACUCCACAAGUGUUGCUGAGGUCUUUGGCCGUAUUGACCACAAGUUUGAUCUGAUGUAUGCCAAGAGGGCCUUCGUUCACUGGUACGUGGGUGAGGGUAUGGAGGAAGGUGAGUUCUCCGAGGCUCGUGAGGAUCUGGCUGCCCUGGAGAAGGAUUACGAGGAGGUUGGUGCCGAGGCUCCUGAAGAUGGUGAGGAUGAAGGAGAUGAGUACUAAGGAGUAAUAGAGAGAUUGUGAUGUGAAAGAUGGCACUUUCUAUUGUGCGUCUGGUUAUCUGUUGCUGUUUGAUGUUUGUUGAUGGUGGUUCAGACUGAAUUUGUUGAUGGUGGUUCAGCACUCUUUGUGGUUUUGCCCAGACAGUCGGCAUUGAUGGUUUUAUCCGUCUGUGGUUGCUCUAUAUUUGCGGUUUAAACAAGAGGAGCUCAUUGUCCUAUCUCCUAUGUCCCUCUUUUUUAUUGGUAUUCGCUGUUUUGUUUGGUUUUGGAUGGACUAUAUUCGAGAGGAUCUCUUAUGUUCUUCUAUUGACGACACUUAGUUUGUCAAUGAACUCCAAAAUGCUAAUUAGAAAUUUGUACCCCCUCAGAAUCAACCCGUUUAUAAGAGUUAUCUCUGGCUCUACUCUUGCUCUCAAGAGAACCAUGAUAGCUUUGUGCCAAUAUAUGUUAUUACCCU